GUGUAUAUAUAUCCUAUAAAAAGUGAGAAACAGAGCUAAACUAAAAAACAGGAGAAAAUAACCGAGACAAAUGGCCAUCAAUGGCAGAGGUGGUCGAGAGGAUGAACCAAUACUUGUACCCUUGUUAGAUCACUCAUCUUCAAACGUCGACUUGACUUCAAAAACCGCACACCAAGAACUCGAACUCCCGUUUCACAAACGGUUCUUGAUCGAAUCCAAGAAGCUAUGGCACAUAGUUGGCCCAGCUAUCUUCAGUCGCAUAGCUUCCUAUUCCAUGUUCGUCAUCACACAAGCUUUCGCCGGACAUCUCGGUGAUCUUGAACUUGCUGCCAUCUCCAUCGCCACAAGUGUGAUCGUCGGCUUCGACUUCGGCCUCUUGUUGGGUAUGGCAAGUGCUUUGGAGACACUAUGUGGGCAAGCAUACGGAGCCAAAAACUACCACAUGUUGGGGGUGUAUCUACAACGCUCAUGGAUCGUGCUUUUCGUAUGUUGUAUAGUACUUUUACCCUUGUACAUAUUCGCCUCACCGGUACUAAAACUCCUCGGACAACCGACAGACAUAGCCGAGCUCUCCGGGGUGGUGUCAAUGAGUUUGAUACCACUUCAUUUCAGCCUAUGCUUUCAGUUCCCGUUGCAAAGGUUUCUUCAAAGUCAACUUAAAACAUACGUGAUUGCGUGGGUGUCACUAGUGGCUUUGGUGGUUCAUUCGGCAAUGAGUUGGCUAGUUGUGGCUAGGUUACAGUUGGGACUUGUUGGGACGGUUGUGACUUUGAAUUUCUCAUGGUGGCUCAUUGUUUUGGGGCUGUUUGCUUAUGUGGUGUUCGGUGGUUGCCCGGAAACAUGGGGAGGGUUUUCAAUGGAAGCUUUUUCUGGAUUGUGGGCGUUUGUUAAACUCUCGGCAGCUUCCGGUGUCAUGUUGUGUUUGGAGAACUGGUAUUACAGAAUAUUGAUAGUGAUGACAGGAAACUUGGAGAACGCAAAAAUUGCAGUUGAUGCUUUAUCCAUAUGCAUGUCCAUCAAUGGCUUUGAACUCAUGAUCCCUCUUGGAUUCUUUGCUGGAACCGGAGUUAGGGUUGCAAACGAGUUAGGAGCAGGCAAUGGCAAAGGCGCUAGAUUCGCUACCAUAGUCGCGGUUACAACAUCCACAAUGAUAGGCGUUGUCUUCUGGAUCUUAAUCAUGUUUUUCCACAACGAGCUAGCGUUAAUAUUCACAAAUAGUGAACCUGUAUUGGAUGCCGUGAGCCAACUUUCACUUCUCUUGGCCUUUACCAUUCUCCUUAAUAGCGUUCAACCUGUUCUAUCAGGUGUUGCUGUUGGGUCCGGAUGGCAAUCAUAUGUAGCGUACAUCAACUUAGGAUGCUACUAUUUGAUAGGAGUCCCAAUGGGACUUGUCAUGGGAUGGGUUUUUCAUCUCGGAGUCAUGGGUAUUUGGGCUGGGAUGAUCUUCGGAGGAACGGCAUUUCAAACGGUGGUCUUAGCUAUCAUCACAAGUCGUUGUAAUUGGGAAUUGGAGGCACAGAAAGCAAGCAAACAUGUAAAGAAGUGGGCAGUUGUGCAUUGAAGAUGACAAGUUCCUAUCUCCUAUAAUUCACCUGAAAUUUGGUGCCAAACGCUUCAAUCUUGUUAAUGUUAUUGCAUCUAUUUAAUUAUUUUUUAUUAAAGUAUUCACAUAUAAACAUGGCAAGAUUGAAAACUUUGCAAUGAAAGGUUAGUUGUUUCUUGUACCA